CAAACAGCAAGCGCAAUGGAUGAACAUUUUGCAGAAGAUCCAAAUUUUGCAGUGAUCUGCUCUUUUUUGGACAACUUUAAGCAUUUAAUCACCAACAGUUCGGACACUGUGACAAUUGACGAUAUUCAGCAAUUCAUUGAUGCCACCGAGUUUGAACAAACAAGCCCAGUGGUGAAGUUGCACUUGAAGCUGCUGAGAGGGAUUGGAUUCUCACCACAUGGUAAACCAUCAUGCACACAGUUCUCCAAAGAUAUGAUAAAGUUUAUUGAGGAUUUUCCGGAGCGAGACGACAAACUGCUGGUUGACCUGGAGUAUAAUUACACACUACUCCCUGCUGAAGUGAAAAUACGUAUCCUGAAGAAUCUUUUGGAAGACCAGUUUCAGUUCAAUGAUUCCUUCAACGAGAAGGUCAACAAUGAUCUUGAAAAGCGAGGUGACAUCCGCCAUAUGCCUGCUGGCAGAGAUAGGCUUGGGCGGACAUACUGGUUCAUGCUGGAAUUGUCUGGAUCCCUGCUUCUCUACAGACAGUUGCUGAAUGAAAUCACGGGGGAGGAAACCUGGGCGCUUAUUUGUCGGUUUGAGCAUUUAAACAUUUAA